CUWUUGAGGAAGUCCCCAAGAGGCACAGAGCAAGCCUACGCUAGGGCACUUCCUUGGGGAGCUCACGCAGGAUCUUGCAAAUCUGAGAAUGUCAGACACUUCCAGAACCACCUUUGGGGGCAGGAGAGCAAUCCCACCCAACAACUCCAAUGCAGCAGAAGACGACCUCCCCACAGAGGAGCUGCAGGGCCUGGUGCCCCGGGGUGUCAACCUGCAAGACUUCCUGAAUGUCACAGCCGUUCACCUGUUCAAGGAGAGAUGGGACUCCAACAAGAUCGAUCACCACACUGACAAGUACGACAACGACAAGUUGAUUGUCCGUCGAGGACAGUCUUUCUAUGUCCAGAUUGACUUCAAUCGUCCCUACGAUCCCAGGAGGGAUUUAUUCAGGGUGGAAUAUGUCAUUGGAGCCUGGCUCAUUAUCGCCUACGUAAUUGAAACGGAUCUACCAGAAAGUCUGGAGCUGAACUCAGGCCUGGCGCAAGGUGGGCCCUCGGAGACGUUCCACAGAAAUUCUGAGAAAUCCCACGCCCGUGACAG